CGCCGCCCCUUCUGCGCCUGCGCGGCCGCCAUGUUGCGGCGCUUCAUGCGGGCGGCGGUUCGCGCCGCGCUCAGCGCCUCCGCGCCUCCACGGCACCGCGCGGCACCGCGCCACGCGUGCACCGCGCCGCCGGACAGCGUGGGGCGGCUGCAGGCAUCGCACUACCGCGUGGUGUACACCUGCAAGGUCUGCCAGCGCCGCUCGGCGCAGAACAUUUCCCGCCUGGCCUACAGCCGCGGCGUCGUCAUCGUCACGUGUCCCGGCUGCCACAGCCAUCACGUGAUCGCCGACAACCUGGGCUGGUUCUCCGACCUGCAGGGCAAGAGGAAUAUCGAGGAGAUCCUGGCAGCCAAAGGGGAGAAGGUGAGACGUGUGCUUGCUGAGGAAGCCCUGGAGCUGCUUCCAGAAGGCGUGGCGGAUGCUGGCCCUCAGAGCCGUCCUACAGAGGGAGAAAGUGGGGACCCCCCCCCAGAGACUGAUGGCAAGGAACGGACCUGACGAGUGGGACUGGUGCCAUUCUGCUGAUGGCAAGAGAGACUUUCACGUUUCUUCCUUCAUUUCAAUGGACCGUGCUUAGAAUAAAUGUGGGUGUCCGUCUCCUCUCUCUGUCCUGUUUUUGGUUGGUGUAGUUUUGCCUUUGACCAAGCUAAUAAUGACAGAGUUGGGCUGUGGAUAUUUUUCCUGGUACUUUUGUUGUUCUUAAAGCAGUUUUAGGUACCUCGGAGGCAUUGGGAAGCCUGCUUUGUUCUCAGGUGUUGCACAUCAGCAGCUGAUUGCAGUGCUCCUGGAGAUGCAUCACGUGGCAGCUGAGCAGAAGAGGCAAUUGGGACCACCUGAUUACAUGGCCUGACCACAGAGGAAGCAUAUCUUUCUGGGAAGAAGGGAAAAAGCCUGCUGGAGCUGCAGCAUGGUGGGAACCAGUGAUGCCCAAGCCUGGAGCAGCAGAGCACGGUCCUGCUGCAGUGGGGGCAGAGAGGUACAGCAAGGUGAGAGCCCUCUGCCCAACCCCUGCAGGUGUGUGGCUGAUACCUCUGUGCAUGUCCCUGGGCUGUGAUCUUCAGUGCUACAGAAUACUGAGCUUGUUACUGCAAAACCAUGCAGGAGUUAACCCGUGGCUGUGUCCUGGCCUAGCAGCAGUGGGGGAGGCUGUUAUGGAGUGCCUCUGAAAGCUGUCUGGCUCCAGACUGGAGUUUACAGUGCUGGGCUGCUCAGAGCCAGCAGACCACUCCCCAUGGACUGCAUGCCCUUCCAGCCUCCUGGAGAUCAUGGCUGGAGCAAGAGCAGCACGAGGCUCAGGAGGGGGUUGAGGUACAAGCUAGGUGGGUAGAUACGUGGCUGUGCACAUUCUCCUGCCUCAUCUCCAGCUAUCUGACCUGGCCCAGGAAGGAGGCAGAGGCUCAGCCCAGCACUCUGGGCAGCAGGUGAGUGCUCCCUGGUAGCAGCUGAAAUGCAGCUACCCCUCCCAUGGUCAGUAUAGGCAGGUUAAAUGCCUGGUGAGCAGCAUCACUGGUCUGAAAAUCUUACCGCUGGUAGGAAAUGUCUCUGUCAAAUGCAUUUUGAUUUACAAAGUGCUGAUUUGUUCCCUAUAGGAAACACAUCUGCUUUGGCAGAACUCAUUACUGGAGUUUCUCAAGUCCAGGAUAGCCUUUCUGGUCAAGCAUUCCGCCUCCUGAAGUUUGAUCUCUGCUGCCCUCCUCAAGCAUUUCCAACUUUACCAAAAGGGAUGAAAGUAAAUGUAGACCCUUGCAUUUGCAUACAGGGUGAAACUGAAUUCCCAGUAACUAUCUCAACCUGGAGCUGUCACCAGGGUUCCAUUUCUUGCUAGUGUGGGACCAGACAGUGUGCAGAAUAAGGGCUGCCUUGCUGAGAGCAGGUCUCCUGGGGCACGGAGCAGCACAGCAUUGGUUUCUUUCAGGAGAAACAAGGGGAGGGAAGUGCUAUUGUCCUCCACUGCCAGAUGCAGGGGAUAGUUCUGCUUGCUCUCCUGACAAGCCACAGCCAGAAAACAUUGCUGGCUUACAAAGCAGGUCAGUGCCAGAUGCAGGUUUCUGCCUUAAGUACACUGGACAGUCCCAUGUGAGGCUUCUGGCUCAGCUGCACCAGAAACAGUGAGUUCAGCUAAGUUUGAUUUCUGUGCUGAAUAGAUGGGCAGACGACUUUCUUCCUUCUUUCCAAGGCACCAGCUCUUGUCUUGUGGCUGCAAUGCAGGCUGCAUAGCUGGCACUUACCUUUCAGGCUUUGUCCCAUGCUUGUUCUCUGGAAGUCUCCAGAUCCCACUAAAGGUAGAAAUGGGAGAGCUCCAGCUCCUGCUUUGGAGCUUCUGGCACAACUCUGUACAGGAGCAGCUGAGGAAGCAGAGGGGACAGCAUACAGCUCUCACUGCAGAGUUCAUUGCAACCCCAGAACAAACUUCAAAGGGUGGGGGACCAUAGCUGCAGCCAGGGGUGGGGUGAGCUUUAAAAGGUCCUGUGCAGCUUCUGAUUUGGGCUCAUUUCCUUCUGCAGAAAGAACAAAACUGAUGAAGAUGUUCCAGGAAAGGAUCCAGAACAAUUUGUGUCAUCUCAUGACGCAGAUGUGACUGCAAAUAUGAAAAAGGUGCUCUUCCCUUCCCCUAUUAAAAGUAUUUUAGAAAUAAAGAUUGAGGCUGCAUUUAA